UUGACUUGCAACUGAUAUCAGCAUAGUUUAAUUCUCCCAAUAUUGUACUAUCUCUUUGAAUAUUUGAUAAUCUGAUUUAGGAGGUUAACAUCCAGAUGAAUCAGGACCCAUCAUCCAUCCCUCAGAAGCAUACCCAUUGGGUCUACAUGAAAGGCCCCCACUAGUUAUACUGUACCAUCUGGACCCAACCCACCCUAUGACUGUUAUCCCAAAAAAAACCCUCUGUUAAUACUUCACGGACUCUAGUUAGAUAUUGGCUAAGUCACUUUCCUCUCUCACAAUUCAAGGAGUCUUUCCUAAAGAAAAGUCUCCUAGCUAGAGGGGACACUGACAAAGUAGGUUUCUAAUUACUUCUUCAGCUUUCCAUUUCUCAUCUGUUCUUCUCACCAAGAAGAAGUGGUUGACUGACCGUGUGCUUAGGAUUCACACCCUUUCUGCUCAUUCCUACCGGACAAACUCUGCCUCCCAAGCUAUGUUGAUUCUAACCUGUUCUUCGAAGCUGCAACUUCUGGAGGGAAUGCUGAGGAAGAGCCUCCCUCAGACACUUACGGUCCAUGGGGCAGUAAUGAACAUAAACCGUGGAAACCCUCUUGGUUAUGAGAUUGUUGUGGAUUCUUGGCCAGACUUCAAAGCAGUCCUCGCUCGGCCACGCAGAGAGAUUGCUUCUGAUGAUUCAGAUAUAUAUGCCAAUGCAUAUGCAGGAUUUUACCGCGAUCUUGAAGUGUACCGGGAUUUGGUCUUGAAUAAAAACGCUGUCAACUGGGCCCAGUCCUGCCGGAUCCAAGGAAUCCAGGAUGGGAUAUAUGAAGUCUCCCGAGAUGCUGCUGCCAUCAAGCAAGUGCCGUUGUCAGCAACUUCCUAUAUCAGUUACAUGCAUCCUGACCCUUAUAAAAUCCCUGAACGUCAGCUAGAUCCCGGUUUCACGCUUUCCUCCCUGAAUAGCUCCCAUGCUGACCUGCUGAAUGAAGCAUGGCCCUAUGGGGGCAACAAACAAAGCCAUAGAUACCUGGUCAAUAUGUUGCAGUACUUCCCCACAAUGUGCCUUCUGGACACUCAAGGUCAACCAGUCAGCUGGGUCAUAAUGGACACUUUUGCGGCAAUGGGACAUGGCUACACCCUUCCCUCAUUCCGUGGAAAGGGUUAUAUACAUGUGGUGCAAAAGGCACUGGCCAUAAAAAUUCAUGCAGCUGGCUUCCCGAUAUAUGGCCACGUUGCCCAAGAUAAUGUCGUCAUGCAUAAGUUGCAAGAUCGUAAUGGCCACCAGAGAUUGCCUGGCUUGUAUCAUAUCUGUGUCCAUUCUGAAAUAUAGGAUAAGAAGAGGGGGAAAGACCCAUCUCCAUCAGCCUGCCUGGUUCCUUCACCUUUUGGCCAAAUAAAUCUUGCUAGUCUUUAAGAUGUCACAAGAUUUUUCUAAUUUUUUGCUGCAACAGACUAAGAGGGAUUACAUCUGCAGGCAUUUGCUCUCCAAAAUAUAUCUGCUUCAUCACAUCAGUUAUCUGUAUUUGUGUCAGUGCCCAGAUAAGGCUUUUCUUUGUAUGUUGAGCUACAAAAUCCACGUCUUUCCAGGCUGUCCUCUCCCCUCCUGAAGGCUAGUUUGUUUUUAUUGUGAUUGGUUCCAUGGGGCAGAGUUUUGCUCUCUGGUCCUUUAAAUUCAUUUCAGAGGCCUCAGCUUUCAAUCUACUGUACAAUCACUAGUGAGGGAGACUGAAAGGAAGAGAAAUUGAGGAGAAGCUACAAUGGAAAAUUGGUGUGUAUGUGUGUGUGUGUCAUACUUUUAUUUACAGAUUUGAAGGAUUUACUGCCGUAGCUUAGGUCUGAGCACAAAUACUGGUAAACCCCAUCCCCCUCCAUAAUGGAAGGGGUCAAACUAGGAGAAAAAAGGGUGCAAACACCACCACCCAUAGAAGAUCCUUAACAUGACUAUUCCCCUGCUAUUUUUUUUUCACAAUACUGUGUAAUUUUAGGUAGAAUGCAAACCAUUUACCAUACUGUCUACCAUUCAUCUGGUCCCAUCAACCAUUUUUCCCCUUUAUCCUGUCUUUUAUACAUUUGUCUCUUUGUACAUCAUUUCAGAUAAAUUACACACCACUGCCAAAGCAGAGACUGACAUGAUAUUAAAAGUUAAUAUACCUGUACUUAUGUGUGCUUUGUUAUGCAUUGUAAAGCAUAGCCAUUUUAGGAAGGAAAAAGCCACAAAAUUUUAUGUUAAGAGUCAUAAUAACUUGGGAACAAUUUGACUGCAUGAAAAAGCAAUAAGUGUACAUACAACAUGUUUUCUGGCUGAUUGUAUAUUUUUCUUACUAUAAU